AUGGCGUCCAAAGUCCCCGCUGCGCCCGUUCCAGCACCAAAUGAAGCAGACGUCGCUCCGGCCACGGCCAACACUACACUUGCGCAGCUUCGCUCAUUUGUAGCUGGAGGUGUUGGUGGUGUCUGUGCCGUCGUGGUUGGCCAUCCAUUUGACCUGGUGAAAGUGCGUCUACAGACCGCGGAGCGAGGCGUCUACACUGGUGCCAUAGAUGUGGUUAAGAAGACCAUUGCCCGGGAGGGUGUAGCAAGGGGAUUAUACGCCGGUGUCUCUGCUCCUUUAGUUGGAGUUACCCCAAUGUUUGCUGUUAGCUUUUGGGGCUAUGAUUUGGGGAAGACCCUUGUCCGCAGCUUUUCUGAUGUCCCUGUUCGCAACAACACUCCUCAGUUCUCCAUCGCACAGAUAUCUGCCGCCGGUUUUUUCUCUGCAAUUCCUAUGACCUUAAUUACAGCACCGUUUGAGCGGGUCAAGGUGCUGCUUCAGAUCCAAGGACAACACCCACCUCCUGCUGGUCAAAAGCCGAAGUAUAGUGGUGGACUUGAUGUUGUUCGACAGUUAUAUAAAGAGGGUGGAGUCCGUAGCGUCUUCCGUGGAAGUGCUAUGACGCUCGCUCGUGACGGCCCCGGAUCCGCUGCAUAUUUUGCUAUGUAUGAAUAUGUUAAGCGAAGCUUAACCCCUAAGGAUGCAGAUGGCAAUGUCACGGGUGAGCUGUCUCUGCCUGCUAUCCUUACUGCGGGAGGAGCUGCUGGAGUCGCUAUGUGGAUACCCGUUUUCCCCAUUGAUACGAUCAAAUCGCGGCUACAGAGUGCUCCCGGAAAACCGACUAUCGGCGGUACUAUCAGAAGUAUCUAUGCAAGCGGUGGCUAUAAGGCUUUCUUCCCUGGAUUUGGUCCUGCUCUUGCAAGAGCAGUCCCUGCCAAUGCAGCAACUUUCUUGGGUGUCGAGUUAGCUCAUAAGGCAAUGACGAAGAUGUUCGAUUAA